AGAGUAAUAUUUGUCAACGUUACCCUCCGCUGAUUGAACGUGCUAACCGGCCGAUGCCAACUCAGUUUAUAUCCCUAUUUCCCUUUCAUACAGAUGCCACGGCAAUACGGCACCCAGCAGCAGCCUUAUGCCAAGGCGGCCUAGUAGUUCUACUCAAACCACUCCCACAGACGACCACUCGCUGCUUUGCUACUCCUCCCAACACCAACAUCCACACCAUAUCUAUGGAGAUCGGCGGCUUAGACUCCGACGGCCGCCAGUUCAAGAGCGCCUCGGAGAUGUGGAGCGACCAAGUCGGAGAUCCCACCAAGAAGACCGAUUGGUACCGCCAAGGCGUCGGCUAUUGGGAGGCCGUGGAGGCGUCGGUGGAUGGAGUUCUGGGAGGAUAUGGGCAUGUGAACGAGGCCGACAUUAAGGACAGUGAAGCUUUUCUCAAUCUUCUUCUUGAAGUGCGUAUCCCUAGAGCUUCUUCUGCAACUCCAAACCAACGUCAUCUUGUUGCUCUUGAUUGUGGUUCUGGAAUUGGGAGAAUCACAAAAAAUCUUCUAAUAAGGUACUUCAGUGAGGUUGACCUCCUUGAGCCUGUAUCCCAUUUCUUAGAGACCGCCCGUGAAAGCUUGGCUUCUGAGAAUCAUAUGGCAUCAGAUAUGAAUAAAGCCAGCAACUUUUUCUGUGUGCCUCUGCAGGAAUUUUCCCCAGAGGCGGGGAGAUAUGAUGUCAUAUGGGUGCAGUGGUGCAUUGGGCAUCUGACAGACGAGGACUUCGUGUCAUUUUUCAAGAGAGCUAAGGCUGGUCUCAAACCCGGUGGAUUUUUUGUGCUGAAGGAGAACAUUGCAAGAAAUGGAUUUGUCUUGGAUAACGUUGAUCGGAGUAUUACAAGGUCUGAUUCAUACUUUAAGGAGCUCUUUCGUCAGUGCGGGCUGCAUCUUUACAAAACAAAGGACCAAAAGGGAAUGCCUGAGGAGCUAUUUGCUGUGAAGAUGUAUGCAUUAACCACUGAUGUACCGAAGAAGGUUCAUCGCACUAGAUCCCAAGUGCGAGCCAAUAGACCAGGAAUAAUCAAGUGAGGCAAAAUCCUCUUCAGUCUUCUGACAGCCUGCAUUUGGAUAGCCUUUUCCUUUUUUUAAUUUAUUGUUAAUCCCCAUCUGCGUUAAAAAAAAAAAAAAAAAAAAUCCCAUUUCAUGUGUGUAAAUUUUUUCUUCUUUACAGUAAAUGUAGGAUGUAAGUACAGUUGAUUACAGAUACCUGCAAAUUGACAAUCUUGUCUCAUGUAUGAUCCACGUCUUCCUAUUAUUCUUAAAGAUGAUAGCAAAAUAGCUUGUUUC